GCAAGGCGGAAAGAAAGCCAUUUACAAGGCAAGCAAGGAAUCGGAUCCCAAUUAAGUCCACCCGAUUAAUCCCCACCACGACCACCGCCCCCCCGGCGCCGGCCGCGUCAUGCUCCGGCCAUUCCCCUCCUCCACCAACCGCGCCGCCGCCGUCGCCGUCGCCGUCGCCCCCUGCCCCCCGGCGAUGCCCCACCCGUCCUCCUCCGCCUCGUCCCGGUCCACGGGCGGCGCGGGCGGAGGAGGGCACCAGGUGCCGUCGGUCUACCCGCCGGCGGCGCCGGCUUGCAGGCACACGCCGUCGUCGGCGACGCUCGAUCUCCUCAUCCUGCUGCUCGUGCUCUUCUCGGUGGCGUUCCUGCUCGGCUCGUCGCUCGCGCACGUCUCGCGCUCGCUCUCCCCGCUGCUCGCCUCGCCGCCGGCCGCCGCGGUGAUCGCCGCCGGCUCUGCCGCGAUGCCCUACCUCGGCGCGGCGGCGGCGCUCGCCUGGGCGACGUUCCUCUCCUGCGGCCGCCUCCCGCGCCGGCGCUGCCGCAACCCGCGGUGCCGGGGCCUCGUCAAGGCGCUGGAGUUCGAUGUCCAGCUCCAGACCGAGGAGUCCGUGCGCGCCGGCACCGGGAGCAGCGGCGGCGGCGGCGGCGGCACCGGCGCCGACGCCGCCAUGUGGCGCGAGAUCGAGGCGCUGCCGUGGAAGGGCGGGCAGGGUGGGAACAACCCGGAUUACGAGUGCCUCCGCGCGGAGCUACGCCGGAUGGCGCCACCAAACGGCCGCGCCGUCCUUCUCUUCCGCAACCGGUGUGGGUGCCCUAUUGCUAAGCUGGAGGGCUGGGGUGUUCCCAAGAGCAAGCGCCGGAGCAAGAGGAACACACUGGGCUUGCCAGCCGAUGGAGGUGUCCGGUGAAGAAAAGUCUUGGCCCCAAUGGCAACAUUGUUGCGUCAGACUGCCAUAGGGAAGAACUGUUGAAAUAAUAUACUUCCAGUGAAAAGAUACAUCGAUUACAAAUGGUUGUGACAUGUUGUAUUGUAAGGCGGGAUUGGUUGAAAUCUCAACUGAAAAAUACUGAAAGGAAACAAACAAUGCAAUAAUAAAAGAACUGUCAAAAAGGAAUAAAAACAUUGGCGAUAUUC